UCUAAUGAAAUUUCCUGAAAUUUAUUUGGUAAUUACGCAACACUGACACCAAUUCCAAAACUUUGGAGCUUUCAAGCUCAAAACAAAACAAAUUAUUUGGAAAACUUUUGAGUGUAUAUUUCUUCAGCUGAUUCCCCUUUAGUAGGAGCCGUGUGUUCAACGGGUACGAAACACCAAAAAACUCACGUCCGUGUGGGUGAUUCAAAAAUAUAUAUAGAACAAAAAAUCGAGCAAAAAUAGAAACGACAUUUUUAAAUCGGAUCAAAGACAUGUAACAUUAUUUAAAAAUAAGAAAGCAAGUUGCAAUCAACAAGAAACUGGUGAAAUGCAUAUCUGGUUAAUUGUUGUGAUAUUACUGUGGCCACACGAGGUCCAUGGCUAUGGAGCCAGUUCCUAUGGAGCUGCCAGCGGGCAGGCGAUUCGAAUCGGUCUUAUCACAGACGAUAGCACGGACAGAAUACGCCAAACCUUUGAGCAUGCCAUUGCUGUGGUAAACAGCGACUUGAGCGUUCCGCUGGUGGGUGAAACGGAGCAAGUGGCCUAUGGUAACUCCGUGCAGGCGUUUACACAACUAUGCAGACUUAUGCAGAAUGGCGUGGGUGCAGUAUUUGGACCAUCUGCCAAGCAUACAGCGGCACAUCUGCUAAAUGCUUGCGAUGCCAAGGAUAUACCCUUUAUAUAUCCACAUCUAUCGUGGAGUCCCCAAACAGAUGGCUUCAACUUGCAUCCGCAUCCCGAGGACAUUGCCCACGCGCUCUACGACAUUAUCAAACAGUUCGAAUGGUCCAGAUUUAUUUUCUGCUACGAGUCCUCGGAGUACCUCACCAUACUGGAUCAUCUGAUGACUCUAUAUGGCAUCAAAGGACCCGUCAUUAAGGUCAUGCGCUACGACCUUAAUCUUAAUGGCAAUUACAAGGCAGUUCUGCGACGCGUACGCAAAUCGGAAGACAAUCGCAUAGUGGUCGUUGGUUCCACGGAGGGCGUAGCCGAGCUGCUGCGUCAGGCUCAGCAGGUGGGCAUCAUGAAUGAGGACUAUACAUAUUUGGUGGGCAAUCUAGAUCUGCAUACCUAUGAACUGGAGGAGUAUAAAUACAGUGAGGCCAAUAUAACUGGCAUACGCAUGUUUGAUCCGGAUAAAAAGGAAGUUCGUGAUUUAAUUGAGACACUUCAACAUGAACUGGGCGAAAGUGAGCCCACAAACAAUGGUUCGUCGCCCAUCACGCUGGCCAUGGCUCUAACCUAUGAUGCGGUGCGUGUCAUUGCCGAAACCACCAACUAUUUGCCCUAUCAGCCGCAACAGCUGAACUGCUCCGAGCGCCAUGAUAAUGUCCAGCCAGAUGGUUCCACUUUUAGAAACUAUAUGCGAUCGUUGGAGAUUCUGGAGAAAACCAUUACUGGCCGCAUUUUUUUUCAGGGCUAUAUGCGCAAGGGAUUUAGCUUCGAUGUAAUUGAGCUGCAGCCCGUGGGACUCGUAAAGGUGGGCACCUGGGAGGAGGGCAAGGAGUUUGAAUUCAAGCGACCGCCACAAAUACCAACUUUUAAUGAUAACGAGGAAAACUCCCUGGUUAACAAAACCUUCAAAGUGCUUAUCUCCGUGCCGAACAAGCCCUAUGCCAGUCUAGUAGAAAGCAUUAAUACUCUGAUUGGCAAUAGUCAGUAUGAGGGAUAUGGCAUAGAUUUGAUCAAGGAGUUGGCCGAAAAACUGGGCUUUAACUUUACCUUUCACAAUGGUGGCAACGAUUAUGGUUCUUUUAAUAAGACCACAAAUUUGACAACAGGAAUGCUUAAGGAAAUUGUUGAGGGUCAUGCAGACUUGGCAAUCACAGACUUGACUAUAACGUCAGAGAGAGAGGAAGCCAUUGACUUUUCCAUACCAUUUAUGAAUCUAGGUAUUGCCAUUUUGUAUGUAAAACCGCAAAAGGCGGAGCCUGCGCUCUUCUCCUUCAUGGACCCCUUCUCAAAGGAGGUGUGGCUGUAUCUGGGUAUUGCCUAUCUGGGCGUCUCCCUGUGCCUCUUUGUGCUGGGACGUCUGUCACCUUCGGAAUGGGAUAAUCCCUAUCCCUGUAUUGAAGAACCGGAAGAACUGGAGAACCAAUUCACUAUUAACAAUUCACUAUGGUUCACUACAGGCGCACUACUACAGCAAGGCUCCGAAAUUGCGCCCAAAGCACUUAGCACCCGCACAAUAUCAGCUAUCUGGUGGUUUUUCACGCUAAUUAUGGUCUCUUCAUAUACAGCCAAUCUGGCUGCUUUCCUGACCAUUGAGAACCCUUCAAGUUCGAUAAACAGCGUUGAGGAUUUGGCAGAGAACAAAGACGAAGUGCAAUAUGGAGCCAAGCGCACGGGCUCGACCAGAAACUUCUUUCUAACUUCCGAGGACGAGACCUACAUGAAAAUGAAUGCGUACAUGACCAGUCAUCCAGAGAUGUUAACUGAAACGAAUCAGGCGGGCGUCGAUAAGGUCAAAGCGGGCACCAAAUAUGCUUUUCUUAUGGAAUCAACCUCUAUUGAGUAUAAUACGGUGAGGGAGUGUAAUCUUAAAAAGAUAGGCGAAGCCCUUGACGAGAAGGGUUACGGCAUUGCAAUGCCUAAAAAUUGGCCAUAUCGCGAUAAGUUCAAUAAUGCGCUACUGGAGCUGCAGGAGCAGGGAGUGCUGGCCAGGCUUAAGAACAAAUGGUGGAAUGAAAUAGGCGCCGGGGUUUGCAGCGCCAAAGGCGAUGACGAUGGUCCUUCGGAACUGGGCGUCGAUAACUUGAGUGGCAUUUACGCCGUGCUCAUUGUUGGCUCGUUGUUAUCCUUUGUAUUUUCAUUUUUCUACUGGUGCCUAUUCGUCUUCAAGAAGGCCAAAUUCUAUGAGGUGCCCUUCUGCGAUGCACUCGCUGAGGAGUUCAAAAUUGUCAUCAGCUUUGCGGAAAAUGAGCGCGCCCUGAAGAGCGCCCAGUCGGUGUAUUCACGCAGUCGCAAUUCUUCACAAUCCAUAGAAUCGCUUCAAACCGAUUCGGAGCAAAAUAUACCCGAAGAGGAAUUUUUAAGCUCAAAGCUUUUAGAAACUUUUACUCAAAAACGUUUUCCAAACGAAUAUUUUGGAAAUGCUCAGGCAGUUGUCGCCUUUCCCUCAUCGCGUAUAGAACACAAAAUCCAUAGCCUCUUUUCUUUUGUUUAUAAUUAUGCAUAUAUAAUAAAAGCCUUCAUUAAUUUAUGCAAUAAAAUGCUUAAGGCCAAUGUUUUAAUAUAUUUUUUAAUAUUAAUAUUAAAAGUAUCGAUUCUUAAUGCUCAAUAUGACAAUUACGGCGGCUACGAUAGCCUCCAAAACUCGGGCAAUAUACCAAUUGGCCUGCUUACUGAUCAAAAUACGGAACAAAUGAAUAUUGUAUUUGAUCAUGCCAUUGAAGUGGCCAACUUGGAGCUGGGCUUAGCUAUGUCAUCCCUCAAAGCAGAGGUGAACUAUGGCGAUGCUUAUCAUAGCUACGGAAAACUGUGCCGCAUGCUAGAGACGGGCAUAGCAGGGGUAUUUGGACCCUCUUCGCGCCACACGGCUGUGCAUCUGAUGUCCAUAUGCGAUGCCAUGGAUAUACCCCAUAUAUACUCCUACAUGAGCGAAUAUGCCGAGGGUUUUAAUCUGCAUCCCCAUCCUGUUGAUAUAUCCAAGGCGCUCUACAGCCUCAUAACUGCCUUCGAGUGGUCGCGUUUUAUAUUUCUCUAUGAAUCGGCGGAAUAUCUGAGUAUCCUGAAUGAGCUUAACUCCCUUUUCGGCAUGAAUGGACCAAUUGUCACGGUACUGCGCUAUGAUAUGCAGCUGAAUGGCAACUAUAAACCCGUCUUAAGACGUGUGCGCAAGUCCAUAGAUAAUCGAAUUGUAGUCGUAGGCUCCACAGAGACGGUGCCAGAGUUUCUAAAUCAGGCUCAACAAGUUGGCAUUAUUAACGAGGACUAUAGCUACAUUAUUGGCAAUUUGGACUUUCAUGCCUUUGAUCUUGAAGAGUAUAAGUACAGUGAGGCCAAUAUAACAAGUCUGCGUAUGUUUUCACCAGAGAAAAUGGCUGUGAAGGAGUUAAUGCAAAAAAUGGGCUACAAUAAUGAUCCAGAUGAUUUUCGAAAUGGUUCCUGUCCAAUAACCGUGGAAAUGGCACUCACAUACGAUGCCGUACAAUUGUUUGCCGAAACCCUAAAGAAUCUGCCCGUUAAGCCGGUUUCUCAAAAUUGUUCUCAGCGCACGGAAAGUGUGCGGGAUGAUGGUUCCUCUUUCAAAAAUUAUAUGAGAACGCUUCGCCUCAAAGAACGCCUUCUCACCGGACCCAUCUAUUUUGAAGGCAACGUUCGAAAAGGCUACCAUUUGGAUGUCAUUGAGCUGCAGCCCUCCGGCAUUAUCAAAGUGGGCACUUGGGAAGAGGAGCGCGGCUAUAGACCCGAGCGCUUGGCGCCCACCAACUCACAGUUCGAUAACAUUGACAAUUCUCUGGCGAACAAAACAUUUAUCGUAUUGCUUUCGGUUUCGAACAAACCAUACGCUAGUUUGGUGGAGAGCUACAAGCAACUCGAGGGCAAUAGUCAGUAUGAAGGUUAUGGUGUGGAUCUGAUCAAGGAGCUGGCCGAUAAAUUGGGCUUCAAUUUUACCUUUAAAAAUGGUGGCAAUGAUUAUGGCUCAUAUAAUAAGACUUCCAAUGAAUCAACGGGCAUGUUGCGGGAGAUAAUGCACGGCUAUGCUGACUUAGCAGUCACCGAUCUGACUAUAACAUCGGAGCGCGAAGAAGCUAUAGAUUUUAGCAUACCCUUUAUGAAUCUAGGGAUUGCUAUACUCUAUUUAAAGCCCCAGAAAGCCACACCGGAACUAUUUACCUUCAUGGAUCCUUUCUCGGAGGAGGUUUGGUGGUUUCUUGGCUUAUCGUUUCUGGCUGUUUCGUUAAGCUUUUUCAUACUUGGCCGUCUAUCGCCAAGCGAAUGGGACAAUCCUUAUCCGUGCAUCGAAGAGCCAGAGGAGCUUGAGAAUCAGUUUACUAUAGGUAACUCCAUUUGGUUUACAACUGGUGCUCUGCUACAGCAGGGUUCAGAAAUAGGACCCAAAGCCUUGUCGACGCGCACUGUAGCCAGUUUCUGGUGGUUCUUUACGUUGAUUGUCGUCUCCUCCUAUACAGCUAAUCUAGCUGCCUUCUUGACCAUUGAGAAACCACAAAGCUUAAUCAACAGCGUGGAUGACCUGGCUGAGAAUAAGGACGGCGUUGUCUAUGGAGCCAAGCGUACAGGAUCGACUAGGAACUUCUUUUUGACCUCCGAAGACGAACGCUACGUGAAAAUGAAUAAAUUUAUGACCGAACAUCCGGAGCAUCUAACAGAAACCAAUCAGGAGGGCGUUGACCGGGUCAAGACUAGCACUCAUUAUGCCUUUCUCAUGGAAUCCACAUCCAUUGAGUACAACACGAAGCGCGAAUGUAAUCUCAAGAAAAUUGGCGAUGCUCUGGACGAGAAGGGCUAUGGAAUAGCCAUGCGAAAGAAUUGGCCACAUCGCGAUAAAUUUAAUAAUGCGUUGCUGGAGCUGCAGGAGCAGGGCGUGCUGGAGAAGAUGAAGAACAAAUGGUGGAAUGAGGUGGGCUCUGGUAUAUGCGCAACUAAGGAAGAUGCACCCGAUGCCACACCGCUUGCCAUGGAUAAUCUAGAGGGCGUCUUCUUCGUCCUGCUCGUGGGCUCAUGCUGUGCGCUGCUCUAUGGCGUAAUCAGCUGGGUGCUGUUCAUCAUCAAAAAAGCUCGGCACUUUAAGGUGCCGGUAAAGGAUGCACUUAAAGAAGAGUUUCACUUUCUGAUUGACUUUAACAACUACGUACGCGUACUCAAGAACUCGGAGUCGAUUUACUCACGCAGCCGGCAGUCGUCCAUGUCGGUGGGUUCGAUCAGACAGGAAUUGCAAACGGCGUUUCACUAAAUUGAAAAUUGUCAGCUUUAUUAAAAAGUUAGUUGGAAUGGAAUGUUAUGAAAUUGUUUUUAAAGUAUGAAAUAUUACUUCAUAUUCAGUUUGUAGCUUAACCUUUUAAUAGUUUUUCAGUGCAAUAAAAGGGCUUGAUCUGCAAAAGCACCAAAAAA